AUGCUGACGGUGGGGUGGCAGCGUCUGAAAUUCUUAAACGUUUCGUGGAAACAAAACAAGAGUUGUGUGAGGGUAGAGGAUACCUUUGAGGUUCGUGGCUUCGGCGGUUGCAAUGUUUGGACGAUGCCUUUGGUACCUACCAGUGACAGUGACCUUCUUGAAUCACUCGCUACUUACAAAAACCAGGACGAUGCGUACCUCAAACGCCAUCCUCAAAGACUCGCAUCCCUCUCUUCUCACUUCACUCCCCAAGCAGCCUCCUACGUUCUCCUCAACUCCCAAUCCGACCAACGCACCCUCCUCAACUUCCUCACCUGGGCCCAGGCCCAGGCCCAACCCCAUGCCCAUACCCAUUUCCUCACGCCGCAUUGCAACUGCCUCGCCCUCCACAUCCUCUCCGCCUUCAAGCUCUACAGCACCGCCCACUCCCUCGUCGCCACCCUCGCCGCCACCCUCCCCGACCCCACCGGCGUCGUCCUCUUCCGCCUCCUCCACGACACCCACCGCCUCUGCAGCAGCCCCACCUCCGCCGCGUUCGACCUCGUCGUUAAAUCCCUCUCCCGCCUCGACCUCCCCGACAAGGCCCUCACCGUCCUCCGCCUCGCGCGCCGCCACGGCCUCACUCCCGCCGUCCUCUCCUACAACGCCGUCCUCGACGCGCUCCUCCGCCGCGCCGCCGCGCCGCUCCGCGACGCGGAGCGACUGUUCCGCGAAAUGAUCCGAAACGGCGCGUCGCCGAAUGUGUACACUUACAACGUCAUGAUUCGCGGCGUCGUGGCGAGAGGAGACUUGGAAAGAGGGUUAGGGUUUCUGCGCGAGAUGGAGAGGGAAGGGGUUUCGCCCACUGUGGUUACGUACAACACGCUAAUCGACGCGAGUUGCAAGAAGAAGAAGGUGAAGGAGGCGAUGGCGUUGUUGAGAGUGAUGGCUGCGAAGGGAUUAGAGGCUAAUUUGAUUUCCUACAAUUCGGUGAUUAAUGGAUUGUGUAACCAAUGUAGAGUGGGUGAGGCUAGGGAAGUGGUUGAGGAGAUGAAUGCAAAAGGGUUGGUUCCUGAUGAGGUCACUUAUAAUACUCUUGUUAAUGGGUUUUGCAGAGAGGGGAAUUUCCACCAGGGUUUUUUGCUGCUUUCGGAGAUGGCUGGGAAGGGUUUGUCUCCCAAUGUUGUUACUUAUACCACUUUGAUCAAUUCUAUGUGUAAGGCUGGGAACAUGAGUCGUGCUAUCGAGAUUUUUCAUCAGAUGCGUAGUAGGGGACUGAGGCCAAAUGAGAGGACUUAUACUACUUUGAUUGUUGGCUUUUGCCAGCAAGGGUUGUUGAAUGAGGCUUAUAAGGUCUUGAGUGAGAUGAUUGUUUGUGGGUUUUCGCCUUCGGUUGUGACUUACAACGCGCUUGUCCAUGGGUAUUGCUUCUUGGGGAGGGUUGAGGAGGCUGUGGGGAUUUUGAGGGGAAUGGUUGAGAGGGGGUUGUCUCCUGAUGUUGUUAGUUAUAGCACUGUUAUAGCUGGGUUUUGCCAAGAGCGGGAGAUGGAGAGAGCGUUUCAGAUGAAGGAGGAGAUGGUUGCCAAGGGUGUCUUGCCUGACGCGGUUAUGUAUUCGUCGCUCUUACAAGGUCUUUGUGUGCAGCACAAAUUGGUGGAGGCUUUCGAGCUGUUUGAAGAGAUGGUGCGCAGGGGUCUCGCACCUGAUGAGGUUACUUAUACUAGUUUGAUAAACGCUUAUUGCGUUGAGGGUGAGUUGAGUAAGGCUCUUUGUUUGCAUGAUGAAAUGAUGCUGAGGGGUUUUUUGCCUGAUGAUGUUACCUAUAGUGUGCUUAUUAAUGGACUUAAUAAGAAAGCUAGGACAAAAGAAGCAAAGAGGCUUCUUCUGAAGUUGUUUUACGAGGAGUCUGUGCCGAAUGGUGUAACAUACAAUACGCUGAUAGAAAACUGCAGUAAUAAUGAAUUUAAGAGCGUCUUGGGCCUUGUCAAAGGAUUUUGCAUGAAGGGUUUGAUGAAUGAAGCAGAUCGAGUUUUUAAGACAAUGCUUCAGAGGAAUCAUAAGCCUAAUGCAGCAAUUUAUAAUUUAUUAAUACAUGGACAUUGUAGAAGUGGAAACGUUCACAAGGCAUAUAAUCUGUAUACGGAGUUGGAGCGUUGUGGUUUUGUUUCUCAUACUGUGACUGUGAUUGCUCUUAUUAAAGCACUAGCUAGGGAUGGGUUGGAUGAUGAGCUGAGUCGGGUAUUGCAAAAUGUAUUGAGGAGCUGUAAGCUCAAUGAUGCCGAGGUAGCUAAAGUACUUGUUGAGGUUAACUUUAAAGAAGGUAACAUGGAUGGUGUUUUGAAUGUGCUAACUGAAAUGGCCAAGGAUGGCCUACUACCUGAUGGUGGAAUGUAUUCUUAUGCUCCAGCAAGUACCUAAUGUCUUUUGUUUUUCUGUGUUGAACGGUGUAAUGUUGAAAUUUGAACUGAUCCUUCUAGCUGACGCCUAUCAUGAUUGGCUUGGAGACUUGCAAUGUGGAAAUGAAAUUCCCUCUAGCUGGGAAAGUAAUUUAUCAUUUUUUUUUUCUGCACUUCUACAGUUAUCUUAGACCCACCUUGGCCAGAACCGAAAUCUAGUUGAUUGGUGAUAUUCUUAAACCUGUUACCACAAGACUAGACAACGACACUACUUAUUGUUGCAGAUCACCCAGUAGUAGUGAAAUCUCACGUGCUAGAUAUAAUUCAAUUGUUAAGUGGUAAAUCGAAUGAAGUUCUUAUGGUAGGAUUCUUGGGCAUGAGAUUAAUUGGUAAAACGACCAUUGUCAGAGCCAGUUUCAAUGAAAUCAAUCAAAACCUUGGAGGGAUGGACUAAUGAUAGCCAUGCUUAUAUGGAGGCUGUGACUGUUCUUUCCUCGGUGACAGUAUCCUAAUUGGCUGACCUUCAAAGGAGAAGAAUCUUCAGUAUUGUUUUAAGUCCCAAAUAUUGGUUGCAAGUCAUAUUAUUCAUUCAUCUUCUCGUCAACCUGGCUUCUGAAUGUGAUCUUCGUGCCUUGAUACAUAAAAAUCUACCAUUCAGACCUACUAGCGUGGCAAAAUAUCUUCCCUCAAAGAUGAAAAAUAGCAGGGAUUAACGUCAAAUCUUGAAUCUGGAGAUGAAGUGGACAUUGUUAUUUAUUUCUUUUUGGGACAGAGCUAAAGUGAAGACUCUACUUGAAUUUGGGCUUAGUGUAAGUCAAUCCCUAAAGCUAAUUCAUGAGGUGAGAAUUGUCCAAGUCUUGAUAAACACUAAUUUGACCGUGUCAGUAGUCAAUGCGAGAUCUUAACAUACACCCUUUACACUUGGGAUCGGACAUUUAGAGUGUGAAGAUCUUAAGAUAAUUUUUUUAAUACUGCACUGGAGAAGUUGUGAGUUCAUGUAGAUUUUUGGAUACUUCAGGGUUGCUCCAUAUCAAAUUUGAGUCUGUUAUCAUCUUGAAUUUGGGCUGAGCCCAUCUAAUUUAUGAUGAUUGAUGAAUUAACCAAAGGCAAAUUGUGGACUGUUCAUCAAUGCUAGACAUGGGUUUUAUUUUUAUUUUUAUUUUUAUCAUUAGUCAUAUAUUUAACUAUCUAUUUAUUUCAA